AUGCCUACGGUCCAUUUGCCAACGGUCACUCACUCCAGAGGCAAGAUUUGCGGUCAGAUCAUGGCGGGAAUGGAAGAACAGGAAGAGAAGUCUGUAGUGGGAUGGAUGGAAGGACAGCCUGAGAGAGAGGAAGGAAGGGUGGAAGAUGAGCAAGAGAGGACUGUAGUGAAGGAGCCUGAGAGAGAGGAAGGAAGGGUGGAAGAUGAGCAAGAGAGGACUGUAGUGAAGGAGCCUGAGAGAGAGGAAGGAAGGGUGGAAGAUGAGCAAGAGAGGACUGUAGUGAAGGAGCCUGAGAGAGAGGAAGGAAGGGUGGAAGAUGAGCAAGAGAGGACUGUAGUGAAGGAGCUUGAGAGAGAGGAAGGAAGGGUGGAAGAUGAGCAAGAGAGGACUGUAGUGAAGGAGCCUGAGAGAGAGGAAGGAAGGGUGGAAGAUGAGCAGGAGAGGACUGUAGUGAAGGAGCCUGAGAGAGAGGAAGGAAGGGUGGAAGAUGAGCAAGAGAGGACUGUAGUGAAGGAGCCUGAGAGAGAGGAAGGAAGGGUGGAAGAAGAUGAUGAGGGACAUGGAGACGUUAAACGACUCAAAACAAUGCGAACAAUUCGCUCAAACGAAGAUUAUGAGACCAUGGUCUUCUCCAAGACUGCCGCAGAGCUGCGUCUUGUGAGGAGAGAGACCGUAAUCUCGACCGCCGAGAGUGCUGACAAGCUGAAGGAGAGCGGAUGUGGCUCAAGAGAGGACUUGAGGGACUGGAACUGCAUUGGAAGGAAGCUACAUCUUGCGCAGAUUUCACUCCAGAACAAAUUGAGCAAAAAGGCGGCGUCGGAGGCUGCGGCGAGCGCCGACUCUCAGGCUAACGGCACCAAAAACAAUCAUGUGCCGAAGGCUGGAGAUAUAUUUCAAGCUGACAUCUGCAUCAGACUCGAAGAAGACGCGAACCUGCAGUACAUUUUUAAUGGGAUGAUUGCCAAUUGUUCGGAAGACGUCAAAUCACUGGCAAGCAUGAAUCAAGAGUCCUUUAAUGACGUGCGCGUGAACCGAGGAGAGUACGUUUGUUUUGAAAUUACACGAGCGAUAGACAAGAUUCUGGCCAAGAUUUUCCAGCUCUCACGUUUGUAUGCUCCUGGAGGAUUGAAGGACCAUUUUCUUGGACGUCAAGCAAAGAUCAGGGCCUUUGGUCUUAUCGUUAGUGGAAAUAGGAGAGAUUUCGAAUCUGCUUGUGACAAAGUCAGGGCUUUCUUUGUGGAGACGAGCAAAAAUCCAAACUUGUCCAAGAAUCUGAUCAACCAAUCAAUCCCAUUUUUUCUCUGCCUAGUUAACCAUGAAACUCUGUACAGUCAGGUCACAGAUCUGAAGCUGUCAGUCGAGAGACUGACGGAGACGACGGAGGGACUGAAGGAGACGACGGAGGGACUGAAGGAGACGACGGAGGGACUGAAGGAGACGACGGAGGGACUGCAGGAGACGACGGAGGGACUCAAGAAGUCGAUGGAGAUGAUGAAUAAGUCGAUUGAGGAAAGAUUUUCUCAACAGGACCAGAACCUGAAAAGUAUGGAAGGUCGCAUUGUAGCAGAACUUCAAAAGCAGCUUUCAGCUCUUUUGCCGAAAUCAUCGUGA